AUGUCUGAUUCCAACCAACAGCACCACCAAAACCCUCAAUCCCAGGAUUCACAGGAGCAACAGGACCAGGCUCAGAGCCAACACACCGAGGACAUACCCAGCGGCAAUGAGUCCUUUGACGACAACGACGACAUGGACGACGAGGAAUUGAGCGAUGAGGACUACUACGACCCACAAGACGAUCUCGCACACUUCCAUGACCAAAAGUUGCGAAUCGAGGAGUCUUGGCUGGAAUGGGAGAGACAGACCUCGGUCAACAACCGCCAGUCAGGCGGGUUCAACAUUUUCCAGAAACCAGGAUCGGCCAAGAGGCGAGAUCGGAGAGGGCGGACAGCUCAAAUCCAGGCCCAGUCGUCGAACAGACCUGGAUCAGCAUCGAGUUCAAACGCAGGAUCUGGAUCUGGCUCUGGAUCUGGAGUGAACCCUGGAAACUCGGCAGCCAUCGAGAAACUGAGGCAAUUGGGGACCUUUCGCCCAGAUCUGGCAAACUCAAUCGUCCAUUCGUACUCAACUCUUUCAUGGGAGGCGAUCCAGGCAGCGAGAGAGAAGCGGUUAGCAGCCAAGGCGGAAAUCAAUAACACAGGGGUCAAUGUUAUCUGCACCUUGCCGGUCGAACUACUUUCCCACAUCGUCUCUCAUCUUGAGCCCAACGAACUGCUGUUCUACCACGUCGUUAAUGCGGAUUCAUGCUGGAAGCAGGCGUUCAUAAAGUUCUUUGGAGCAUCAGUGCGCUUCAAACGACUCGAUCCCAAGAGCUGGCGCGGAGAGUAUAUUAAGCGGACAAGGUUACUGCGGCGGUGGGAGAAGGGACGUGGAUUCAACAUCAUGAUCGACCCCAAGAUUGGACAGAUCACAGAGCUAUGGGCGGAGACAAACACUCCCAACCAAGGCUGGUUCUUGGCCGGUGGUCUCUCGCAAGGUGUCGUGGCGAAAUGCAACCCAGAGCUUGGAAAAGUCCAGAAGGAUGCAGUGUUUAGGAUGAUCCACCUCGAAGUUUCCGUUAUGACAAUGGAUCGUCAUCGUGUCCUUUGGGGUCUGUCCACCGGUCAGGUUUCUUUGACGAUCCUCUCCUAUGCCACUGCAGGACAGUCGUUCCAAACGUUUUCGGGAUUUCACAAUGGACCGGUCUCAUGUGUCAAGCUGGUGCCAAACUAUCUUGGUUUUGUCUUGACUGGAGGUGCCGAUGGGGUCGUUCGACUAUGGGAUGUUGUGAAAGCACGUACUGUUCGCGAGUUCAGGACCGGUCUCAGCUUGACCGGAGCCAGCACAAGGAGAAUCGACCACAUUUGCUGCGAGCCCAGCUCUCGCAUCAUUGCAGGGACAUCUGGAGGCGAAAUCUACAUUUGGGACGUCGAUAUCAACGCCAUCGUCUCUCCUAUAUUUGCCACUGCCAAUGGCGUCUCGUCCCCUACACGAUCUACUGCAUCAGACGCCACCGCUCAGUCAACGCCGCCGGCUACGCCUGGGUUGAUGGUGGUCGAUGGAGAGAUCAUUCCUGAACCUGCUCUUGCCCCUACGCUGCCGAAGGUGAUUAACUUACCAGAGGAGUUCAAGGGCGUUCAUUACCUUGAGGUCGAAUUUGGACUGGGCGAACAUGGUUUGAUACUGGCCCAGGCUGCGGAUUCAAAGGUCAUGCACCUUUACAGUUUGGAGACACAGGAGCAUCUGGCGACUCUAAAAAGUCCGGCACAUCUGUCACCAAUCACUGCAGUCCAUUGGGACAUCCCUAAGCAUGAGAAACCCAUGAUCUCGCCUUCGAAUGCCUCCAGCCCGGAGGGUCAACAAACACUCCACGCGCUCUACUGCCGUCAUGAUGCACCCAGCCUUUUAGCUACUGGAGACAACUCUGGCAACAUUUGUCUUUGGUAUUUGAGCGAUAUAUUCAAGCGCAAGUCAUCAUCCGCACAUGGAGAUCCUCACCCCAGUCAAAUCCAGCAAGAGACCCCAACGUUGAGCCCGACCUGUGUUCUACGGGCACAUGACACGCGAGUGACAAGCUUGUUCAUUGACAAGCUGAUUCUUGUCUCUGGAAGUGCGGAUGGAUGGACCAAGGUUUGGAAUCCUGUCAACGGCAAACUAGUCUCUGUCCUCAACACUGGGUACAUCCGUGGCCGAGAGGCAAACGACACCACAUCGAUGGUGAAUCGGUGCAUGGUCAUUGAUGGUAUCCAAUGCCGUGGCGUCGUCUCGGUUGGUGGCCUAAUCAGGAGCUGGGACUUUUCACCAGGAGCUGGAUUUGCCAAAGACAAGUACCGAAAAGGUGCCGCAAAGAAGCCAAUCAACUACAGCGCUGGCCAUCGCACCAAGAUCCAGAACGACAUCCGACAUAGCCUGGAGGAGACUGUGUCUCUGAAGCGACUAGAGAGCCAGGUCAAGGAACGUCAGCAACAACUCCACAAGCGAUACAAUAACCUUCAAGGGUUGAACAUGGUCGACAUGACGGAUGAGGAGGUAGUCGAGUAUGUGAUGAUGCUAUCGAAGGAGCAGGACGAUCAAGAUACUGCCAUAGCGGCAUCCGAGUUGCAGCAAAUCGAAGAUCUCGAGCAACAGCACAUGCUGGAGCAACGGUUACUUGAUGAAUUUGGUAACGGGGGUGAAGGAUCUUCGAUGUCGAACGCCAGGUCUGUGUCACCUUCCUCUGCACGUCCUCAAGUAAACGAACUAGUGAGCGAACAAGAGUUGGACGAGGAGGAAGAGUUGGUCAGAAGGGCAAUUGAGCUCAGUAUGCUUGACGUCGAGCCCAAUAAUGACGACCACGACCACGACCACCACCAUGAUUUGGGGGCCUCAGAUGGACUGGAUACCUUUGCGUCGGAUGAUGCUCAUAGCCAUUCUCACCAGCCGCUAGAGUGGGAGCCCAGCCAGGUACUUGAUGUUGACGCCAAAGUCAGCAAUACCCAUGUGAGUCAAGAGGAUCAAGCCAUUGUCGACUCAAUCCUCAAGGAGCUGCAAGACGAGGAGGAUCAGGCGAGAGUUGCUAUGGAGAUCGACGCCACCAAGUUGAGCACCUCGAGUGCAGCAGUCGCUGAAGACUGGCCUAGUAUUGGCAAGGCAUUGCCAACGCCUGAUUCAUCGUCUCUGUUGUCUUCUAGCGCCACCACUACCACCGCUGCUUCUACCUCGAGAAGUGAGCCCGCCGCCCAGCCUCAGGAACCGGCUGUGAAGAUGAUGACAUGGUCGAUGGUAGCUCGCACCAGCUCGGAGUCGUCGCUGGGAUCGACAGGUCCUCAGGGUAAAGGACAGGAACCAUCGGAGAAGGUGGUGCCCGCGGGAAGACAGCCCGCGAUUUUCCGGCAGUACUCGCAGAGCGCCAUGCAGGAAGAGAUUGAGGAUGAAGAGACGCAGCUGGCGCGUAUCCUGUCUCUGAGUAUGGUUGAGAAAUAA